GUUCAGUUCUUAUCCGUUGCUCGUUUCGUGCUGUUCGCCGUGCGGGUGUGCUCCUCUGCUCGGCCCUUUUCCAGUGCAAGCAUCGCAUCGCUCUCUGUCCGAGAGAUGAUAAUACCACCAGAAAUAAAGCAGAAUUUGUUGUCAAAGCUACUUGCAAUUUAUGUCUCUAAUUAGACGACAGCAACGAGAAGAAAAAACAAAAGAAAAGCCAAGACAUUACUGCGUGGCGUGACUCUCGGAUCUUGUGGAGUGCUGCGCAGCGUUCAGGUCGCGUGGUACCGGGCCCCCACCACCCCCUGACAAUCCCUGGCAAUCCUGGCCGGUGCCGGGUGUUCCACCGCCUCUUAAUUUCGCGUAAAAAUAAACACGCGUCAAGCAAAACAAAACACUCGAAAAACGGGAUCCUGAAAUCCGGUAACGGUGGUGAGCAGCAAAAAAACCAAAUAAGAAUUGAAAUUUAGGCCAAAGCGGAUUACCAGACAGCCCACAGUGGAAAAGCGGAAAAUAAAGCAAGCCCAAGUACAAGCCGGGAGCAGGAGGUUUUCCUUCAAAGGAAAAGUGUGCGAAAAACGGGCAAAAAAAUCACCCGACAAAAAAAAGACACCAAACAAUCGGUGUGCGUGGAAAGUGAAAAGUGAAUUGCGGAAAAGCGGAAAAGACAGAUAAACAGUUGUGAGUGUGUGCAAGGAGUGGGAGGGUAGGCAUUAAAUCAUAUGGAAAUUUAAGCCCGUCAUGCGGACUCAUUAACGUUUUUACAGUGGAGGAGCCGCAACCACAGAUCCAGCUACAGCAACAGCACCACUCGAGUUGCGUGUGGGUCAUCAAUUAAUCCACUGCCAGCGGUACCACCAACCACAGCAGCAGCAGCAGCAGCAUCAGCAUCAGCAGUUACAAGCCACAGCUACAGCUACAGCAACAAAAGAGACAGUGGACCACGACCGGCGCCAGGACCAGCCUUAAAUCCCGCCCAAAAAGAAGGGCCAUAAAAGCGCCAAAUAAACAUGUAAAAGCACAUUAAGAGUCGGUGUGGGACAUUCGCUCGAUUUAAGCAACUUUAACUGCGCGGAAAGCAACUCGAACUGAUCUAAGUCGACGGUUGACGGUUGACGGUCGACAGGCCACAAACAGACAUGCAUACGUAAAUGGCAGUUGAAAUGUUCUUUUUAUGGGCCAACUCCGAGCCAAAGAGUACAUUGGCGCUUCAUUAAAGCCAACGGCGGAAGCGGAAAUAGCAUUCGAGCAGAGCAGCCAUAACAACAGCAGGACCUGUGUUUAUUGGCGCCACGUCAUCGCAGCAUACACAGAAACAAACACACAAACACAGAAGCAAACGCAAAAAACCAACACAACGAGCGGUCGGUCUGCACAUGUACAACAACAAUUGCAGUCAAUUUCGGUGUUGCUGGUGCGGGUGCUGCGGCAAUACUCUUUUUUGCUCUUUUGUUUCUUUGACACUUCGGUCAAAUUGAAGUUUUUUAUAUAAAUGACGAGACGUUCUCGCGUUUGGCACAACGCACCGCAAGCUAAACGAAAUGACAGCCAUGCAGUUUUUAUUAACAACAACAGUGACAGGAGCAGCGACAACUGCAAGAACAACCAGAACACCAGAAACCAGAGCAACACCCACAUCAAUGGAAACUACUUCGACACAUUGGCAACCGAAGGAACAACCGCACAAUUCGCAUCGAAAAACACGAACGAGAUGCACGUCCGUGUCGAGGUCGUCGCUGUGGAUGAGUAUGAGAAUGCGAAUGUGGAUGCGGAUUCGAAUGUCGAUGGCGGACAAUGGGAGAACGAUUUGGGUUGUCGGCUGGAUGUUGACACUCUUGAUUUGCCUGCAGCUGAACACGGCACUGGCGGACGAGGAGUCUCAGGAUUUUCAAAAGAACAUACCCGCCCGAUUGGUCUGGGCCGCCCUGGGCAAGACGGUGGAGCUGCCCUGCGACCUGACGCCACCCACGCCCCAGGACUCGGUGAAGCUGCUGCUUUGGUUCAAGGACACCACCGGCAUACCUUUGUACAGCCUGGACUCGCGUGGCGGAAAUGUGAAAUUGGCCCCACAUGCGGCCAUAGCUAGCGAUCUGGGGCAGCGUCUGUUCUUCAGCAUCGGCGAUAAUCCCAAGGAUUCCCGUCUGCAGAUAAACGAUGUUAAGCCCGAGGAUGGCGGCGUCUACCGGUGUCGCAUUGAUUUCUUCAACUCGCCGACGCGCAACUUCAGGCACAACCUGACACUAGUGGUUCCGCCCGAGGAGCCCCGCAUCUUCGAUGCCCAGGGCAAGGAGAUAUCACAGCUGGCGGGGCCGUUCCGCGAGGGCUACGAGCUUUUUCUCUGCUGCCAAGUGAGAGGAGGUCGUCCUCCGCCCAAGGUCACCUGGUGGCGCGACGACACCGAGCUAAUCGGCACCAGCCACACCUCCGUGGAGGAGGGAGCCACCGUAAUGGUUAAUCAGCUGCUGAUUGGCACCACCACCCGCGACUUCUACGGGGCGCGCAUCGAGUGUCGUGCUCAAGGCACCCGACUGGUGGAUCCCGUCCGGAAGGAUGUCACCGUGCAGGUUCACUUGAAACCCGUUCGCGUGAAGAUUGUCACACCCAAUGAUCUACUGACCGCCGGCCAUCCUGUGCCCAUUCGCUGCGAGUCCUGGGGCUCGUAUCCGGCGGCCAAGAUUGCCUGGCUGCUGGACGGCGAGCCCAUACGAAAUGCCGAGGUUACUGUUCACAGCGACAAAGAGGAUGGCAACAUCACGACCAGCAUCCUGACACUGAAGGUUACAUCGGAGAACGACAACGCCGAGCUGACGUGUCGCGCCACGAAUCCUUGGUUCUCUGGCGGCGCCAUCGAGGACAAGCGUAUCAUACGUGUGGCAUAUCCACCCACCGUGUCGGUGCACUUGGCCAACGAGGAUCCCAGUCGUGUGGUAACGCGCGCCGAGGGCCAGAAUGUCACGUUCAAAUGCCGUGCGGAUGCCAGGCCUCCGGUUACCAGCUACUCCUGGUUCAAGAAUGGCAUGCGUAUGUCGGGCGAGAGCACGGACAUAAUGCACUUGACGCAGCUGGAGCGGGAGAGUGCGGGUGCAUAUGCGUGUGGGGCCACCAACACGGAGGGCGAGACGCGCAGCUCGAGUUUGACGCUGAGAUUGCAGUUCUCCCCGCGCUGUAAGCCAGGCACUGAGCAAACAUCCAUUGGAGCCAUCAACAUGCACUCGAUACAGGUCAAAUGCGAGGUGGAUGCCGAUCCACCGGAUUCGGUUCGAUUCAGCUGGACCUACAACAACACCCGCAACGUGUCCCCGGUGCUCAACUCGAGGAUACAAUCGAAUGGACUGGCCAGCACGGUGACGUAUCUGCCGCAAACCGACUCAGAGUUAAUAACGCUUGCCUGCUGGGCCAGCAAUGCGGUGGGCCGCCAGACUACGCCCUGUCUGGUGCACAUUCUCCCUGCAAAUACGCCGGAGGCACCGAAGGCCUGCGAAUUGCGCAACGACACCAUUCUGGAGGUUGUCUGUGUGGCUGGCAGCGAUGGCGGCCUCUCGCAAUACUUCAUGCUCGAAGUUGUGGGCGGAGAUCUGCUGUACUCCAGCGACUCAUCGACGGGCCUGGGCCUGGGCCUGGGCCAGGGCCAGGGCCGGGGACAGUUUGGCGAGGCCGUUGGCCUGGGCGACAAUGAGAUAUCCACGCUGAACGAUCAGGCGACAUCUGCACCCAUCAUGCGCAUGCAGGAGAACAGUCCACAGUUUCGUUUGAAUAAUUUAGAGCCGGGACGUGAAUAUCAAUUUUUAGUUUACGCCGUCAACGCCAAAGGACGAAGCGAACCGCCGGUGGUGAUUGAGCGCGUACGCGUGGCCGCACAACUGGGACCAUAUGAUGAAUCGCUGCCCGACGACCCCACGCCCGCAGAAACCACGCAUCAUGGAGGCACCGGCCCGGGGGGCAGCAGCAGUGCCGCCGGAGUGGGCACUGGCGCCAGCAUAGGCAACGGGCCGGAGAAGCAGUCCACGCUCCUGAUACUCGCCGCCACCGUUGUGAUAGGCGCCGUCAUUGUGACGUCAAUUAUCGUGGCCGGCAUCGUCGUCGUCUGCCGGCACAGGCCGCGGCCACCUGAGCCCCAGGAGGUGCGCAAAAGCAUGCGGCCUGCUCGGAACGAUGUGCCCAGCAUGUACAUUGAGGAGGACGAGCUGAAUGAGCUGGAGGAAGGCGGCGGUCGAGCGGCUGAGAUCCGAGCGCGCGUAACGCCCGUUACCUCGCACCUCUGCGGCGGCGGUGGUGGCGGGGGCGGGGGCGGGCUGAUGCCAGGAGUCGGCUCGAGUGGCGGUGCCAUUGUGGGCGUGGCUGGGCCACAUCACUACAUCUCGGAGAGCUUCAUCCAGUACGCGCAGCCCAGUCUAAACGGCGAUGUGCUCCUACCUUUGCUUGUAACGUCCAGCCAGCCGGGCAAUAGCGGCUACCGCCUGGCCUCGCCCGGCGUCUCCACCACCAUCUCGAACGUGGUCGUGGCCGUGCCCCAGACCCAGGCCCAGCCUCAGCCAAUUGCCACAGCUGCUGCUGCUGCUGCUGCUGCCUGGCCGCCCAAAUGUAUGCAAAGUAAAUUUUAUGUAACUAAAUCUGUGCAGCAGGCUGAAAGGCAACAGCCCCCACUUAAGCAGAAACUUGCCCAGAAACAGAAACAGAACCAGGCCCAGGAACAGGAACAGAAACAGAAACAUAGCCCGAACCAGAAACAACUGCAGUUGCAGCUGCAACUUCAGGCCCGAACACAGAUGGGCUGCCAUGUCUAAGCCAUGCUGCUGUCCGCUUGGGGCAUUGGCUGUCGACAAGAGCUGGAGCUGAGUCCCUAAAAUAUAUUUAAUGAACCAUUCCGAGACCAUGGCAUAGCUUCAUUUUUGCUUCAUUUCACAUUUUAAUUUGUCGUCCAUUUAGAAUCCCAGCUUAUAUUCCUUGUUGCAAUGCUGCUUGCCGCUUGCUGCUGCUGCAACAUUCAUGCAUCCACAUGUCGCUCAUCCAAUUUCCUUUAUUACCUUUGUGCAUCCGAAACUAUUCUGCCAGAUUCCUUCUCAUGGUUUAUCUGCAAUGCAAAUGAAAGAAAAAUUCCAGAGAAUUUUCAUUCAUUUGCUAAAUUUAGCAAUGAUUACUGAUGGAGCGCCCUUUGAAAGCUGCAAACCAGAACACUAGUCAGAUGAAGGUAUACCGAGAUAUAAAAUAAAAGCUAAUUGAAGUUUAUGAGUUUUUUGACAGCCAUUUUUUGGCCAAAAAUAAGACUUGGCCUCUAAUGCAGGAGGUGUGGGGGAAAUACGAACAAUAGCAUCAGAGGAUGCAGCAGCCAAAUAUUUUGUUUAAAAAGGAUAAAUGCUGAAGAUCCCAGCUCCAAACAGAGGGGCAAGACGAUGACAGUGACGAGCCAUGGGGCAUGGGGCUGUUUGUGCAGUCUUUGUUUUUCGUUGACAUUUGUGUUUAUUUCUCUCUAUUCUGUCUGCCUCUAUCCUCACUUUCCCCCAUCCUCCUGCAGUGGCAAGCCUUUUGGACGUUUUGCAUAAAUUUUUGAAGCGCAGGACACGCCGGGGUAAACAAACAUAUGUACACGACUCUCUCUCUCUCUCUUUGCCUCUGUGUUUGUUUGUGCCUCAGACAGCAACAAAUUUAGCAAAUAUUCUACCGUUCCCACUCUCUGUGCCCCUGUGCCCCUCUGCUUGCUGUGCGAGCUCAUGCAGACUUUGUUUUAACUUUGAAUUGCAUAAAUUUUAAUUAUUUCGAAAGCACUAAAUUAAAACACAAAAAUAAGCACAAAGGCACACACACACUCGCACUGGCACUCGCAAAUAGGAACCGAGAGAGAGGGAGAGAGACAUGUCGACAUGCUGGCAAAUGCAAAUAUUAUUUAAUGGGCAUAUGUGUCGUAUACGUGAUAUUAUUGCUAACACAACAUGGGGCCCCACCUCGCAUUCAGCCUAGCCCAGCAGCCCCGCAGCCCUGCUGCCCUGCAGUCCUGCGUGGGGUUCAAAUGUCACAAAUUAGCUAAAUUUGAUUUUGUCAGCGAUUUAAUUUUAUAUUUUCAUUACUUUUUCCCCCCGUUUGUCUUCUUUUUUCCUCCGCUUCCGCCUGCCUGACAGCCUCCUUAAUUUAUGUGUGUGCUCGGGGCAUGCGGGGGUCUGACACGACACGAGUCAACACACACACACUCAUACAUUUGGCUGUCAGGCGGUGUAGCAGGGUGUAUGCAUAUUCGUAGUGCCCUUAGAGCGGUCUUCGUCCCCUCUCUCUCCACCCAGCAGCACAUAAACCAAGUCAACUGGCUUACAAGACCCUAACAAGUGCCCAAGUCAGGCUGAAGUGAACGCUGUAGAACGAGUAGCUGUUACACCAAGACGAAAACUAAAGGAACACACAGUUUAGGGGCACUUCUCGAUGGGGAUUACACUGCCCCAGAACGCUGUCCCUGUCGCUGUCAACAUCUCCUGUGUCCUGUGUCCCGUGUCCUGUCACUUGAAGCUGAAAUAAGAGCUUGAGUUGCAUUUCUGCAUUCUCCAGCACCCACAUACAAAACAUCUUCAAGUAUUAUGCUAUAUUUAAAUGCAUAUAUUUGUAUUUUUCUCUUUCAAAUGCUUCUUCACCAUGCUGCAAAGUGAAAUUGAAAUAAAGAGCAGCAUACAUACCAACUUUCGCCGCUGUAACUCGCGGCGGGGCGGGGCAGGCAAGUAAGCUACUGGAACGACUGCCAUAUACUGCCAUCCUUCCAUCUUGGCAGUGGCUGUCAUUAGCCAACAUUUUUAAUUGCAUAUGCUAGUCCCUCUUGCCCUCAUCCUCUGCUCGCACGAUUCAGGUGCUGCUGGGACCCCCGGCCCACCCCUUGGCUCAGUCAAAUUCGUUUGACUUUUUAUGCCCCACAGUCGUCCCUGCCACGCAGAGUGUACGAGUGUAUGUAUGUGUGUGUCUGGGUCUCUGCGUGAGAGAUAGAGGGAGAUUUUUUGUUUCAUCGUUUGCUGUUUUUUUUUUGUGCACAUUUGUUUCAUUUCAUGCUGCUCCAUUCAUUUUGCUCGGCAUCUUUUUUGUCUUAUUGUUGGUGUUGUUUGUCUUGCCGUUUGUUCUGUUUGUCUGUGUGCGAGUCAAGAGUCGCGACGUCGACAUCCCAGCGUCUGAGCAACAUUUGUAUAGCCUUCGUCCUUGUGCCAUCCCCAUCGUGUGUGCCUGUACGUACGAGUAUUUGUGUAGUAAGUAAUGUGAGUGGGUUGUGUAGGUUGUAGGUUUCUCGUGCACUUCAGCGGCACUCGUCUAAUUAGACAAAGUUAAGACCCAGCCACACACAGACACACACAGAGAGAGACAGCAGCCACUCGAAAUGAGCACACGGUACCAUUUUCUCUGGCCUGGGAGUGCGAGCAUUAUCUUUAAGACUCCUUAAAGCAUCCCUUCAAUGGCGGCACACACGCUUUAUACUCGCACUUUGAUGUCUGUGUCGUCGUAGUCCCGCAAAAAAUGCCACAGAAUUUGCUUGGGCAACAUUGUUUAUGUGGCCAUACGCACCACACUCUCACCCACAUUCUUCCCACUUUUCCUCCUGGAGACGCAAUGUCAAACGGCGUUCAUUCAUUUGUCGCCUCACUUCCGCUUCCUCUCUUCGCACCACAGUCUUCAUAGAGAUAUCCAUACUCUGCGAGGAGGUACUAUGAUGUGGUCUAUGCACAGGAGGAUGCACCUUGGAACCAUCUAGAGGUAUAUUGUACAUUUGUACAUAUAUUAUUGAUCAGUUUUAACUCGGAUGAGUCUUUGUUGUCAUGAAAGUCUGACAAUCUUCACAGCUUUCUGUGUAGUUUCUGUUGACCAUAGUGUCUCCCAUAGAAUCGAUCAAUCGGUAAGUGUAUUAAAAGCUACUGUUCUUGGUUUUUGUGUUUCUACCACUUUGUUGGAUGAGGCCGGGACAUCCAGGCUGGCAACAUUUUUGCGACUUUUGACAUUUUUUAAUGCUGUCAGGCAUGGCGUGAAAGUAAACGUGAAGGGCACAACCCACAUACACUCGGGGGCCCACACAGGCCACACACACGCAUAGUAGGGCUGCCUUAGUUUGUGCGUCUUUAUGACUCAAAGACGCCACACAAAUGUGACAUAAAAGGCGAUAAUAAUAAAAUAUCACAGGACAGGGUGCUCUCGCUCGCCAAAUAACAAACUGCAAAAUCGUAAACGACAAGCGGGCUGGCGCUCAGGAUUCACUUGUGCCUCGUAGUCGGACCACAAUAAAAUGAAUUCCGGCAUAAAUUCCAAUGAAAUGUGCCAUAAAAAUUAAGAAAUUGUUGAAUUAUUUUAUGUUUACGAGCGCGGUGGGUGGACAGGGGGCAGGGGACGGGUAUGGGCAUGGGUAUCGGUAGGGACGUUUCCUAGUAAAGUGAAUAUUAAUAUUGAAAUGUUGUUCUGUUGUUCCGGUUGGUGCUGGUUCCUGGUGCUCGCUCUUGUUGUUUGUGUGUCGUUCGAUGUUGCUGCUUUUAUUAGUUGUUAUUUGUUUUCUUAUCAGCGCACAAAUGGUCACGCUUUUGAUAUGUAAUCGUAAUCGUAUUGUGCUAAUGGCUCUCUUUUCUUUUGCUGCUCAAAUAAUAAUUUGCAACUGUGUUGUGAUGUCAUUUUGCAAGAAAUAUCAACAUCCCAAAAACGAAACAAUCCAAAAACUAAUCGGUAUAAACAUUUUGCUUUUGUUUUCCUAACAUACACACUCGACCAUUUCUCACUCGCAUAAAUUUACGUCUCUCCCAACCACAUUCACACACACACACACACAUUCUCAAAUACAUAUGCUUCCCCCAUUGCUGUUGAUUUUGUUUUAUACCAACCUACAAAAGUGUAUAUUGCAGACCCGGAUCUGAUAUUGCCGCGCGGCGAAUUGGAAUUUACGACCCUGGAUCCCACGCUGAAGUAAUUGU